CACUGAGCCGUGGUAUUCUAAGCAAGUGUUUGCAAGAUACUGGAAGCACUAUGGCUUAGCCAUGCGCUGGAUGCACAGACACCAGAAAGCCUACAGGAGAGCCAUGGAGUCCUUGUAUCAGCUGCCAUGGCCUCCUUGUGCGACCUCGCCAAAGAACCGCUACUCAGAUUGGGAUGGCGACGAUCCCCCGCGUACCCGAGACUAUUCUGCCAGCUGCAGGCCAAGUGGCACAGCUCCAUACUGUGGGAGAGCUCAGCGGUAUACAGAUGCUCACCGAGGGAGGGAGGAUGCUGAGAGGGACUCUGAAACGGAGGGGGACUCUGAGUCUGAAGGGGAGAUAGAAUAUGACCUGAGUAACAUGGAGAUCACGGAGGAGCUUCGGCAGUUUUUUGCCCAGACGGAGAGGCACCGGGAAGAGCUGCGGAGACAGCAGCAGCAAGAAGCCGAGCUGCAGUACGUGGAGGCUGAUCAAGACCUUCACAAAAGGAGAGAGCGUUCUGUGCAGCCACCGUCAGAGAGGCCUGGGGAGAGGCGACUGGCAGAGAUGAAGAAACUCUAUGGUGCUGAAGCUGCAAAAAUCCAGGCAAUGGAAGCUGCCAUGCAGCUUAUCUUUGACAGAAACUGUGACAAAAAGCAGCCCAAAUACUGGCCCAUUAUUCCCCUUAAGCUGUGAGUACCUGAGCUGUGCUCUGACCUUGCACAGAACUGUAAGGAUGGUGCCUAAGUCAUGUUGUGCUGCUGAAAGGAUACACUGCAGAUUUGGGGUUUGAUUGCACUUUGGGGCAGAGACCUGUAAGGGUAACAUGUUCCUGUGUUCCUUUUACACUGUCUGUCAGCAGUGGUCACAGUCCAUUCUACCUACAUACAGUUGUAAAGUAGUAAUGGGAGGGACAGUAGUAUCAAACUUGUCUGAAGUCUGAGUUUCACACAUUUGAUGCUCACCUGUCUUGACCCUGCUUGCAGGAAAUGUGACAUGUCUAUGCUUAGUGACCUGGGAAAACCUAAAGCAGUGCAGAAAAGACUGUAGGAAUUGUCUGCUCUUCUCAUUUAGGAAACUAAGUGAUCCCAUUUUUCAGUCUUAUUUCAUGCAGUAGCAUUUGGAUCCUGUUUAACACAGCAUGAUGUGAAGUGUUGUGUCUGCUAAUCUUAGAUAUUUUUUUUUUCAUUGAGAACCAGGAGCCCACUGGCCAAGAUACAGCAUCUCAAAUUACUGUAGCCCAGCCAUUUGGAUUCUUUUCCAAAGAUUAUAAUAAAGCAGGAAACUUUUCUUCCAGACUGAUACUUGUCUGGCAGGAAUUUGACUUUAAAACAACAUUAUAUAGAAAAAUGUUUUAAUAAAG